GCGAAUAAGAACGUUCGAUGGGUUUUCACGCUAGCAACUACUCUUGCUAGGUUCAGCACAAUACACCCAAAUUAAGUGCCCUGUUAGAUCGAGUUUGUUAGGAAAAACAUCAUUUUUUUCGGAAACGAUCAAGAGCCACGCUCGUUUCCCAGGUAUCACAUCCAGAGGUGUCAUAUUCAACGGAUAAGAGCGACGCCCAAGUAAAUUAUGUGCUGCAGCUGAAGAUGGGUGGCAGCGGCUCCAAAGCCAAAGGAUUUUGGCCUUUCUCUGGUUCAGGCAGUUGUGAUGACCAAGCCAAAGAUGCAAAUGAACAGUCACUGGCAAGAACACGAAGUUUCCCAAGCGCAACUCCAUUUGUGUUUACCAGGCGAAGCUCUCUGUUCUUCGACGAAGAUGGCGACCUGGCCCACGAGUUCUAUGAAGAGACUAUUGUGACCAAAAAUGGGCGUAAAAAAGCCAAGCUGAAGAGGAUUCACAAAAACUUGACACCUCAGGGAAUGAUAAAGCUGGACUUCCCGUGCAUCCAUGUAGAUUUCCCUGUCGUCCUUUGCGAAGUCUGACGACGUCCAAGACAAACACGCUGUGUCAGCGCCGUCCCGUGGUUUCCCCCCACUCCCUGCAACCAGGAGACCAGAAAUUUUCCGCUAACACACUACACAUCUCUUGAUGUAUUUAAAGUGCGUCUGUGGUCAAGAUGAUGUCAUGUGGGCCGAGCCUCUGCAUGUGAUCUGUUGCUAGCGACGCUUUAUAGAUCACCUAUGGGAGAGAUGGUGGCAAGUUAGAACUCGGUUUACAUGGUUUGUGUGUGUGUAUGCAUGUACGCUAAGUGUGUUGUUGCAGACAUGGGAUAGGUUGGACUCCUGAAUUGAUUGCUGCAGAUUAUUUUCAGGUAUGGAACUUUUUAAGGGGAUUAUUACAGAGUCCUCCCCUCACGUGGUAUUAUCUACAGAAGUAAAGUAGUUGCACACUUAAGCAUUGUUCAUUUUUUCUUUUUCAUCUCAACUUUGCAAUGCAUGGGGAAAGGAUCAGAUGAUUGCUUGUAAUAACAAAGAGAGUUGACAAUCAGUUGCCCUCCAAUUAAAUUGAAAUGCUUCAAUGAUUUUGGCGUGAUGUCAAAUAGGAGUUACAACAGGAGUAGAGAAGUCCGCCUCGAGACCUGCUUCUGCAUACGAUAUUUCACUUUUAAUUUAUUAUAACAUUUUUCUUCAUUUUAAAUACAGAUUUAAAUGCCUAAUUGUGUUUUGGCCUUUCUUCUUACACAAAAAUUGUUUAAUGCAGUUUUCAGGACAUCCAGUUCAAAUGGGGCAUAUCGAAAGAAAUUUAGUAAUUUAUCAGACCAAAAAUUCCCAUGCAACUUGUCUGUGUCUUAAUCGAGCUAUUUGACCGUAAACCGAAGUAAACAACAUCAAAUUGAAGUGUAACAAAAUCUAAUGUUUUGACCUAAUCCACCUCCAAAGGAAAUUGCAAUGUCAAGCAAUUUUCUUGAGGGCAGGGUUGAGUGGUGCGGAAGGAGGAAGAGAUCUGUGAAGGUCAUUAAUGUUUGCCUGGGAAAAUGCCUUCUGCAAAUCCCCUCAAUAUUGUUGUCUUUAAGGGAUAAAGAGAUGAACAGGACCGUGCUGAAAUCAAACCCCAUUUAAUUGCAUUUUCAAAACGAUUCUGAAUUAUUUGUGACUUUUUGUCUCGUGGCUAUGUUCUGCAUAAGUACAAUUACUGAAUUGUGAUUAUGUUUGUAAUACUUUGAUGAUCAUCCAGUCAUCCAGUGACAAUUAUAUAAUUAAAACUGGCAAUUGUACGCUAUAAACUUUGAAGUUCAUA